UUAUCACUCCCAUCUUCUUGUAAGGCCCCAAUCCCGAGGAAUAAAUAUCAAGAAUUGUAGAUUUGUAGAUCGCCACUAAUUUUCUCCCCACUGUGUAGUACUAGUACUUACGUAGUACAGCUCAGGCUGUUGGCAUUUCGCACGUUGUUUGGGCUUCCUUCGAUCUAUCUGUUCGAUCCUUUUUAGGAUUUCUACUGCAACUUCCUUCCAUGGCAGAUUUGGAUAAUUCCAGUACCUGUGGAGAAGCAGAAGCUUGUGUGGAAAUUACAGAAGUGGAGGUCACUAGCCAAGAUUCAAAUAAGCUAGUUUUCUCGGUGGAUGAGGAAGCUCUGGUAGUCAGAAUGUAUAACUUGGUGGGAGAGAGGUGGUCACUAAUUGCUGGGAGAAUCCCAGGAAGAAGUGCGGAGGAAAUUGAGAAGUACUGGAACUCAACACACUCAACUAGUCAUCAAUGAGAAAAUAAGGUUUGAUCUAGAUUGUGGGCAAGAAUAAAAGGUUUGCAAGUUAAAAUUAAUUAAUAUUAGUAAAAUGUUGGCGAUGGCCACCGAAAGCAAAAUAAUGUUAUGCCUGGGGCUAUGUAUGUACAGUUAAGAGGAUUGCGUAUUUAUUAUGAUAAGUUUCAUGGGAUAAUGUAUUUGUUAUUUAUCAUUUUUAUUUCUCAAGUUUAGAGAAAUAUUAGAAUCGUGUAUAAAUUAGUAGAGAUGGCUAUUGAGCAUUAUGAAAUUAAGUAGCCAAACUGCCUAAGAUGGAUUAGUUA